AUGAAUUACGGAUAGUGAAAGAUGGAAAAUAUGGAGCAGAAAACCAUGAGGUUAAAGGUGGAUGGGAUGGGAUGGUCGGAGAACUUGUUCGACAGGAGGCAGACAUGGCUAUCGCUCCAAUGACCAUAACAUCCGAGAGGGAACGAGUAAUAGAUUUUAGCAAACCGUUCAUGUCAUUGGGUAUAUCGAUAAUGAUCAAAAAACCUAUGAAACAAAAACCGGGAGUUUGGAGUUUUCUCAACCCACUUUCAAAAGAAAUAUGGGUUAGCGUUCUUUUUGCUUAUGUUGGAGUGAGCAUUGUUUUAUUUGUGGUGUCAAGGUUUUCUCCAUACGAAUGGCGGUUACUUCAUAUGACUGGUGAACAUCGAGAUCCGGGUAACCCACACACCAACCACGGUGGAACGAUGGCAAACGACUUUACAAUGUUAAAUUCAUUAUGGUUUUCUUUGGCAGCUUUUAUGCAGCAAGGAGGGGAGCUAUCCCCUAGAUCGUUAUCGGGCCGAAUAGUUGGUGCCUGCUGGUGGUUCUUUACUUUAAUAUUAAUUUCCAGUUACACUGCUAACUUAGCUGCAUUUUUGACUGUCGAACGAAUGGUAGCUCCUAUAAACUCACCUGAAGAUUUAGCUUCGCAAACUGAGGUGGAAUACGGAACGUUAUAUCAAGGUGCAACAUGGGAUUUCUUCAGGAGAUCACAAUUAACACUUUAUUCAAAAAUGUGGGAAUUCAUGAAUUCCAGAAAACACGUAUUUGUUAAAACAUACGACGAAGGUAUUAAACGAGUAAGAACCUCAAAAGGAAAGUUUGCCUUGUUAAUAGAGUCUCCAAAAAAUGACUACACUAACGAAAGAGAACCAUGUGAUACCAUGAAAGUGGGAAGAAAUCUAGACGCAAAAGGUUUUGGUAUUGCAACCCCUCUUGGAUCACCAUUAAGAGAUGCAGUUAAUCUUGCAGUACUAUCAUUGAAAGAAGAUGGCGAACUUACCAAACUCAAGAACAAAUGGUGGUAUGAUAGGACCGAAUGCCUUCGAGAUAAACAAGAUACAUCUCGCAAUGAGUUGUCAUUGAGCAAUGUCGCUGGAAUAUUCUACAUCUUGAUAGCUGGUCUCUUUAUAGCUAUGGCGGUAGCAUUAUUGGAAUUCUGCUACAAAUCACAUUCAGAAGCAAAAAGAGCUAAAAUACCCCUUAGUGACGCCAUGAAAGCAAAGGCGAGACUAACAAUUGGUGUAGGCAGAGAUUUUGAUAAUGGAAGGUAUUACACUCCAGCUAAUCAGAUUGCGGGGGGUAAUGAGCAAGACCAGCCUCAUACAAACACCCACACACAAGUCUGAUCAUGUAGGGAAAAUUGGUAAAUAAUUUUAUAUAUAUGUAACUAUGUCUUGUUACUAACGAAAUCAAAACGUUUGUUUAUCAAGUUAAUAUAUCAAGUAUGUAAGCUAAAC